AUGAACGAUCGUGUUCCAUCCUUUAAAUUAGCUACCUAUAAUGGGAAACCACCGUACGCAGAAGGUGAUCGAGCCCAAAAAGCUAUUGUGAAUAGUCUUCAAUUAAUGAAAAGAUGCGUACAAGAUCCAUCACUUAUUAUUGUCGAUGUUGGUGCCUUCGUUGCUGUUAAUAAUUUACCUUCCAAUGCUCAACUACAGUUUUCUCAAGGUGGUGGUGAAACAACAGUAUCGAAUGGAACAUUGUAUGCAUCUACAAUUCGUCUCGAUGAUGUUCACUGGUCACCACAAUCAUCGAUUCUUAUAUUAAAAGUUGAUAUCGAAGGUUUCGAACUAAAUGUACUUCGUUCGGCCGAAAAAUUAUUUCGUGAAAAGCGCAUUCAUCAUUUAAUUUUUGAAUACACAGCCUGGUGGACGGACAGAGCACCUCAAAAAGAUCUUACACCAUUCGUUGAAAAAAUUCUUGGUGCGAAAGAAUUGUUUGCAUUAGAUCGAUCAGCUUAUACUGUUUAUGAACCUCUGACUCGAGAAGCACUAGAUCAGUUUCAUGAUGAUCAUGACAAACAACAUCUUCAAACCGAUAUCUACGCCAUUUUCGUAGAAUUCAAAGAAAAAUCUAAUUUGCAAGUUCAACCAUACCAGCCUAAAGUAUCAUUCGCAUGA